CCGUAAUAUUAACCCAUGGGGGAUCCAGGGCUUCAUUUUUCGGCACAAGGAUCCAUAGCUUCUACAGGGACCCGAGAGGCAAAGAAAGCAGGCAGUAGAGAGAGCGAGGGAGAGAAAAAGAUGUCGAAGAAGAACAAUCUAGCGAAGAGAAAAAAACAGCACGAGUUCGACCUCCAAAGGGAAAAGGUGGAAAAAGAAAAGAGAGAAAAGAAGCUGCAAGCAAAGAAGUCCAGGAUGAAGAUUGAUGUUAGUGACAUGAAAAGAAAGAAGAAAAGUUCAGGAAUGUUUCAGAUUGGGAAGAAAAAGGUGAAAACCAGAUUGUCAGCUUUGGCGAAGGCUAAAGCAGCCCAAGCAAUGGAGAUUGACAAACAGUCUUAGAUUUAUGUAUAUGGUUAAGUCACCAUUCUGUAGUUUGUUAUACUACGGUGACUCAGUAAAGUGUGCCAUUUACUUUGACCCUUUCAGCACAGUUUUGCAGCUGCAGCGGCACUUUCUGACCUUUGGCUAUCUUCCUUCUGCUAGUGUACUUGCCAUUUGUUCUGCAAGUGGAUAGCAUCGAAUUGAAAUCUCAUGUUUCUGCUGGUUGACUUGGCUGUGUUGAUGGUGUGAAAAUUACACUAUUCUCUAAAUGGUCUAUAAUGCACCUAAGAGUUGAUUGCCCCAUGACAGGCAUUGGAGUAAAGUAGGAGCGACUUUCUGUUUUUUUUUUUCUUUUUGGCUUUAUUGCGGAUGCUUCUUUCAUGAUAUAUUGUUAUAGAUUGUAAAGAACCUGCACGGUUGAUAUUGCUUGUUCAUAAAGGUUUAUGAUUCAUGCCA